AUGAAACCCCUCUUCGCCCAAUUAUUCCUCGCGGCCUCGGCAACACUUGCCCUGGCCGCCCCAGUGACCGACCAGAUCCCGCUCGGGAACCCCGACCUAGCGCCAACCAAGAGCCGGGAAUCUACAGCCCCAGGACUCAAAGCCCCCUUCGUCGUUAAGGGGUCCUCACCAUCGGUCUCGGCUUCCGAGUCGGCGGACAAGAAGACGGCGUGGAAUCUGUUCUGGACCUCGCUCCGGAAGGAGAAGGGGACCCCGGAGUCGUGCUUCUGUGCGGGCGGCUCGGUGUGCUGCCAUGCCGUGCAUGGGCUGAGCUGUAACUACGGGGUCUGUGGGAUAUAG